UUGGUACAGCUUAACAUAAAUUGCGGAACCAAACGGCCCUUAAUGUCGCCCAGUUUCAAUUUGUGGAUCGCGCUCAAAUUAAAAUGAAGCUUCGUAAAGAAAGCAUCCGCGGUUAAGCUUUAAGCCAUGAAGAGAGGCUUUUCAGGGGAAAAACCAUGCAUAAAUCCGCCGGCUUCGCGAUCAAAUCCUUUCGCUCUGUUGCCUAUCAUACGUCGUCCUGCACUUUGCCCAACCCAUCUGCAUCCUUGAUUCAUGAAUUCACCCAGUUUUGCUACCAAAGAAAUCUGCCCAGAGCCAUGGAAGCCAUGGACGCAAUGCACAAACAUGGAAUUUGGGCCGACUCUAUCACCUAUUCUGAGCUCAUCAAGUGCUGCUUGGCCCGCGGCGCCGUUGAACAGGGAAAACGUGUCCAUAAACACCUUUUCUCUAAUGGGUACCAUCCUAAAAAGUUUCUGAUCAAUGUUUUAAUCAGCAUGUAUGUGAAAUUUAAUAUGUUGGAUGAUGCUCGGGAGUUGUUCGACCAAAUACCUGAAAGAGACUUUGUGUCUUGGACCACGAUGAUAUCAGCUUACGCUAAUGCUAAGCUAAACGACAAGGCCUUGGAGUUUCUGAUUUUGAUGCUUAGAGAAGGUGUGAAGCCAAAUAUGUACACCUAUUCUUCGGUUUUGAGGGCAUGCGACGGAUUAUCUAAUCUUAAGCAGCUCCAUGCUAAUAUCAUAAAGAGUGGGUUAGAUUCUGAUAUCUACGUUAGGAGUGCUCUCAUUGAUAUAUACUCGAAAUGGAGCCAGACUGGAAAUGCAUUGAGAGUUUUCAAUGAGAUGGCGACAGAGGAUUUGGUUAUUUGGAAUUCUAUCAUUGCCGGGUUUGCUCAAAACGGUGAUAGUGAUGAAGCUUUAAAACUUUUUAAGAGAAUGAAGCGAGCUGGUUUUCCAGCUGAGCAAGCAACGCUGACGAGUGUCUUGAGAGCCUGUACUGGGUUAGCUCUGUUAGAACUGGGGAGACAGGUUCAUGUUCAUGUCUUCAAGUAUGAUCAAGAUUUAAUCCUGAAUAAUGCCCUGCUGGAUAUGUAUUGCAAGUGUGGUAGUUUGGAAGAUGCCGAUACUGUUUUCACUCGGAUGGUGGUCAAGGAUGUAAUCUCUUGGAGUACCAUGAUUGCAGGGUUGGCGCAAAAUGGUUACAGCAGGGAGGCGUUGAGGUUGUUUGAGUCAAUGAAAGUCUCAGGCCUAAAACCAAACUACAUAACCUUUCUUGGAGCGCUAUUUGCUUGCAGCCAUGCUGGGCUUCUAGAAGCUGGCUGGUACCAUUUCCGAUCAAUGAAGAAGCUAUUUGGAGUUGAUCCAGGAAGGGAACACUACUGUUGCAUGAUUGAUCUUCUUGGAAGAGCAGGGAAACUUGAUGAUGCACUGGAGUUGAUAAAUGAAAUGGAAUGUGGACCAGAUGUUGCGACAUGGAGAACAUUGCUUGGAGCAUGCAGGGUGCAUCGGAAUGUGGAUCUGGCUAUACAUGCUGCCAAACAAAUUCUAAGGCUUUAUCCUCAAGAUGCAGGAACCUACAUACUGUUGUCUAAUAUUUAUGCAAAUGCUCAAAGGUGGAAUGAUGUUGCGCAAAUUAGGAGGACCAUGAAUGACAUGGGAAUUAGGAAAGAACCGGGGUGUAGCUGGGUAGAAGUGAAUAAGCAGAUUCAUGCUUUCAUUCUAGGGGAUAAUUCACAUCCUCAACUUGAUGAGAUCAACAAACAUCUGACUCGGUUGAUUCAAAAGCUUAAGGGAGUUGGUUAUGUCCCAGACACUAAUUUUGUGUUGCAAGAUCUUGAAGGGGAACAAAGAGAAGACUCCCUGCGACACCAUAGUGAGAAACUGGCACUUGUGUUUGGUUUGAUGAGUUUGUCCAAAGAGCAAACUAUUAGGAUCAGAAAGAAUCUCAGGAUAUGUGGAGACUGUCAUCUCUUUGCUAAACUUGUAGCAAAGGUGGAGCAUCGUAUUAUUGUGAUCAGAGAUCCCAUCAGGUAUCAUCAUUUUCGAUAUGGGGUAUGCUCCUGUGGAGAUUAUUGGUAAGAGAAGAUCAAGCAUGGAGCUUUUGCUGCCUCCACCACAGAGCAUUAGAUGGAUGAGAAGAGGGAAAGAUAGAAGACUAACAUUGCAAUUUACACCUAAGAAACAAUGAACAGCUCAAAAAGGUCAUUUUCUAAGCGGAUUGUCAGGCGAUUGAAGACAGGUGCUAAGCUUGGUUUAGGAGCUGCAAGGAGGUAGAAGACAUGUUGGUUAAACUCCAAAACCACUGAAUGGAUAUUAAGGUAAAUUCGUAAGCAUGCAAAGAUUGACAGGAGUCAGCAAGGCAAUAUCCAUGUUAGAUUCCUAAAGAUGGCACUCUUACAAAUGCAGAGAACUAUAUGAAUCCAAAACAGAAUUCAGAAGAAAAAGAAGAUGAUAAAGACGCAGAAUUAUGAUUUGGAGUUCGGCAGAAGAUUUUGGUGGCCUUGGCUUCAAAGUGCUUCAUCGUCUCGGAAGGACUCAACUACGCUUGAUCUCGGGUCUGCUGCAUGUCCCCACAAUGCGAAUCAAGGCUUCCAAGGGUAGCUUUUUGAGAAUUUCAACAGUAUCUUCUAUGGAGUGUCUAAUCUUACCAGCAAAGCAAAGAUAGCUUUCAUUUCAGCCAAGGAGAUUCAGGUCAUUUCCUAAAGAAAAGUUCCCUCCAUAGCCUCCCACAAAAGAGAGAAAAGGCAAAGCAAGAAUAAAAGAAUCAAAUCUAAGUACAUCUUAGACUUCUCCUAGGCCUCAUUAUCUCUAAUGGGUGCUCUUAAAGCCUUAGUUCUGCACUUGAUCAUGUUACAGACAUGCAAGAUUGCUGCCACUAAUGCCACUGAUGAGGAAUGGAAGACGGCCACUGCAACUUACACCAAAGAACAAUUUGGGUCAAUCACUAUAGGUAACUUUUCUCAUUACUAGUCCUACCAUUUGGGUAAAUGUUCCACCAUUUCAACUCAUACUGGGGCUUCAUGUUCCACACAUCUCGGUUCUAAUUGAGAAUGCAGAAAUACAUAAGUAUGGUCGAUUUCAGAUAGGAUGGGAUUAAGUCUCGGCUAAGCUCAGUUGAGUUGAAUAUAUACGGUUUUGCAAGUGUGUAAUGGCCUUUUUGGUGUUGCAGAAGGAGCUUGUGGGUAUGGUGAUAUUCACAGAGCCACCUAUGGUAAGUAUAGUGCUGGAUUGAGUAGUAUGUUGUUCAACAAAGGGAGUACCUGUGGAGCUUGCUUUGAGGUCAGAUGCGUAGAUCACAUCUUAUGGUGCCUGCAAGGUAGCCCCUCUAUCAUUCUCACUGCCACAGAUUUCUGUCCUCCAAAUUAUGGGCUUUCAGCAGAUUAUGGUGGCUGGUGCAAUUUUCCCAAAGAACAUUUUGAGAUGUCAGAGGCAGCAUUCACUGAAAUUGCUGAAAGGAAAGCCGAUUUAAUUCCAAUCCAGUACAGGAGGUAUAAGAAUGAAAUUACAAAUAAUUUGCAAAAUAGUUACAAUUAAUAAGCAAACAUUAUUAUUGCAAUUUUAUGCAGGGUGAAGUGUGAGAGGAAGGGUGGGGUGAGAUUCACAGCUAGUGGGAGUUUUAACUUCUUACAGGUGCUCAUUACCAACGUAGGAGUAGAUGGUGAAGUGGUUGCAGUGAAGGUGAAGGGAUCAAGAACAGGAUGGAUACCUAUGGCAAGAAACUGGGGCCAGAACUGGCAAUCCAAUGUCAAUCUUGUUGGACAGCCUCUUUCUUUUGAAGUCACUACUAGCAGCAGAACACUCACAGCUUACAAUGUUGCACCAGCAAACUGGCAAUUCGGUCAGACAUUUGAGGGCAAACAAUUCUAGCAUGAAAAGCUUUCAAGUUCCAGUAUGAAAUGUGACGUCCAACUUGAAACUUUGAUUUGAGACCCUGGUGGUGAAGAGUUCAGCAGUAUUAUCUUUAGCAUACUUUUUAUACAACCAUUACUUCUG